AUGCACUCCUACACGGGCACGGGUGACCGGGCCGGCGAGGGCGGCGGGUGCCGCGGCAGCGGGGGCCACGGCCACAACGGGGGCGCCCGCGGCGGCGGGGGCCCUGGCGUCAGGGGCGGGGCGCCCGCGGUGUCAGAGACGGGGGCCGCGGCGUCAGGAGCUGUGACGACGCCAACCGAGCCAGCCGUGGAGGAGGCGACGGGCGAGGUCGAGGUCGAGCCCGUCGCAGGAGUGGCGGCGCCGGCCGGGGUGGCGGGUGGAGUGCCCACUGGCUCGACCUCGUGCGAGGGAGCCGGGGAUCCGGGGGCCCGGUCGGACUCAACCUCGGGUGAGGGAGUCGAGAACCCGGGAGGGGGCGGCAGAAGGCGCCGGGCCGGGGGGGCCGCUGGGGGGUGCCGCCGCGCAUCGCACCAGGUAGGGGGCGGCGCGGGGGCCGGAGCCGAAGGAGCCGCGGCCGGAGGAACCUGA